UCUCUAUAACAUUUUCCAGCCCAAUAAUGCACUCACUUCUCACUUCUCACUAUGGCCCUCUCAUCAACCUUUACCUUUGUCACCAUCAUUUCCCUUUUCCUCACUCUCACUUACUCAGUCCUUGCUCAGCUACCACCAUUUGCUUGUGAUUAUUCAAACCCAUCAACCAGAUCCUAUCCAUUUUGCAACCCAAAACUUCCCAUCACACAAAGAACCAAAGACCUUGUUUCAAGACUCACAUUGGAUGAGAAACUUGCUCAACUAGUUAACUCAGCUCCUCCCAUUCCUAGACUUGGUAUCCCUGCUUAUGAAUGGUGGAGUGAAGCACUUCAUGGAAUUGGUAAUGUUGGACGUGGGAUCUUCUUCAAUGGAAGUAUCACUUCAGCUACUAGCUUCCCUCAAGUCAUUCUUACUGCAGCUAGCUUUGAUUCUCAUCUUUGGUACCGUAUCGGUCAGGCAAUUGGGGUUGAAGCGAGAGCAAUAUACAAUGGAGGACAAGCAAUGGGGAUGACAUUUUGGGCACCAAACAUAAACAUAUUCAGGGAUCCAAGAUGGGGGAGAGGACAAGAAACAGCUGGUGAAGAUCCUAUGAUGACUUCUAACUAUGCUGUUUCCUAUGUUAGAGGACUUCAAGGUGAUUCUUUUCAAGGAGGUAAAUUGAGGGGACACCUUCAAGCUUCUGCUUGUUGCAAACAUUUCACUGCCUAUGAUUUGGACAAUUGGAAGGGUGUUAAUCGCUUUCACUUCGAUGCUCGCGUGAGUUUGCAAGAUUUAGCAGACACAUAUCAACCACCAUUUCGUAGUUGCAUUGAGCAAGGACGGGCUAGUGGAAUAAUGUGUGCUUAUAACCGUGUAAAUGGAAUUCCAAGUUGUGCCGAUUUCAAUCUCUUAACGAAUACUGUUAGAAAACAAUGGGAAUUCCACGGGUAUAUUGUGUCAGAUUGUGGAGCUGUUGGGAUCAUACAUGAUGAGCAAGGGUAUGCAAAAUCAGCAGAGGAUGCUGUAGCUGAUGUUCUUCAUGCUGGGAUGGAUUUAGAAUGUGGAAGUUAUUUGACAGACCAUGCAAAAUCGGCAGUGCAACAGAAAAAAUUACCUAUAGUUCGAAUAGACCGUGCCCUUCACAAUCUAUUUUCAAUUAGAAUAAGGCUAGGCCAAUUUGAUGGAAAUCCAGCAAAGCUUCCAUUUGGAAUGAUUGGUCCCAACCAUGUCUGUUCCGAAAAUCAUUUAUAUCUAGCUCUUGAAGCUGCAAGAAACGGCAUUGUCCUUUUAAAGAACACUGCUUCACUUCUUCCACUUCCAAAAACUAGUAUUUCCUUAGCAGUGAUAGGUCCUAAUGCCAAUGCUUCCCCUCUAACUCUUCUAGGAAACUAUGCUGGCCCUCCUUGUAAAUCUAUUACGAUACUUCAAGGGUUUCAACACUAUGUUAAGAACGCUGUUUUUCACCCUGGUUGUGAUGGUGGACCAAAGUGUGCUUCGGCUCCAAUAGACAAGGCAGUGAAAGUUGCUAAGAAUGCGGAUUAUGUUGUUCUUGUUAUGGGAUUGGAUCAAAGUGUAGAGAGGGAAGAGCGUGAUCGUGUUCAUCUUGACUUGCCAGGCAAGCAACUUGAGCUCAUUAACAGUGUUGCCAAAGCUUCUAAGAGACCGGUUAUUUUGGUGCUCCUUUGUGGAGGUCCUAUUGAUAUUAGUUCAGCUAAAAAUAACGAUAAAAUUGGAGGUAUUAUCUGGGCUGGUUAUCCGGGUGAACUCGGAGGCAUUGCACUUGCACAGAUUAUCUUCGGGGAUCACAAUCCAGGAGGAAGACUACCAAUUACUUGGUACCCAAAAGAUUACAUUAAAGUUCCAAUGACAGACAUGAGGAUGAGAGCUGAUCCCACAACCGGCUAUCCAGGAAGAACUUACAGAUUUUACAAGGGUCCUACAGUAUAUGAAUUUGGCCAUGGACUAAGCUACACAAAAUAUUCCUACGAGUUUGUUUCCGUUACACAUGACAAACUUCAUUUCAAUCAAUCGUCCACUCAUUUGAUGACUGAAAAUUCAGAAACUAUACGGUACAAAUUAGUUUCAGAGUUGGAUGAAGAAACCUGCAAAAGCAUGUCGGUCUCAGUCACUGUUGGAGUUAAAAACCAUGGAAACAUUGUAGGGAGGCACCCUAUAUUGCUGUUUAUGAGACCACAAAAACAUCGAACCAGAAGUCCUAUGAAACAAUUGGUAGGUUUUCAUAGUUUGUUGUUAGAUGCAGGGGAAAUGAGCCAUGUUGGAUUUGAGCUUAGUCCUUGUGAGCAUCUUAGUCGAGCGAACGAGGCUGGUUUGAAGAUCAUAGAAGAAGGGUCUCAUUUGUUGCAUGUGGGUGAAGAAGAGUACCUAAUAGAUAUCAUUGUUUGAUGAUACAUAUUUAUUCUUAAACAAGAUAAAGCUAAUAUAGUGAUCUUGUUUAUGAAACAUGAUUUAUUUGGAGAUUACUAGAACCAAAAAUGUACUGUAAUGUGAUUCCCGUUUCAUGGUAUAUGUAUGUAUAUGAUAUUUAUUUAGAUGAUCGAUGCACUUAAUUUUCAA